AUGCGCAUAGCGAGCGCGGUGACCAGUAGCUGUUUCAAUAAAAACUCCCUCGUAAAACAAACGAAUUCGACAAUGUUCGAUUUCCUCGUGCAGGCCUACUUCCUAACUGUGAUCGGCUUGACUGCUGGGCAGUUGAAUUUUGGGACAACGUCAUUGCCGCUGUGCCAAAAUGAUGCUGCUUGCACUCCACCAUCUGUAUGUAUUGACAAAGUUUGA